CGUCCCAGCCCCUCGGACACGCGGUCGCAUCAUGUCUUCGCCUCCCGAGGGGAAGCUAGAGACGAAAGCCGGACACCCGCCCGCCGUGAAAGCUGGUGGAAUGCGCAUCGUGCAGAAACACCCACAUUCGGGAGACCCCAAAGAAGAGAAAGACAAGGACGACCAGGAAUGGGAAAGCCCCAGCCCGCCCAAGCCGACCGUGUUCAUCUCUGGUGUGAUCGCCCGGGGCGACAAAGACUUCCCCCCGGCGGCUGCGCAGGUGGCUCACCAGAAGCCCCACGCCUCCAUAGACAAGCAUCCUUCCCCGAGAACCCAGCACAUCCAGCAGCCUCGCAAGUGA